UUCUGGAAACCGGGGAAAGGGCGGGGAGUGGGGCUCCGCAGAAGCCAGAGACCGAAUGGAAGCCCGGGGGUCUCCGGCGGUGGGAGAAGCAGCAGCCCCCGCUGCUCUUCAGGUCGGGAGCGGCGGCGGCGGGGAAAGCGGCAGCCCGAGCGGCCCCCCCGAAGGGUCCCGUGCUCUUUGCAGCCGCCUGUACGGGCUGUGCCGGGGGUGGCUGCGGCCCGAGCGGAGCAGCAAAGCCGAGAUGCUGGACCUGGUGGUGCUGGAGCAGCUGCUGGCCCUGCUGCCCCCGGAGCUGGCGGGCUGGCUGAGGGAGUGCGGGGCGGAGAGCUGCGCCCAGGCGGUGGCCCUGGCCGAAGGCUGCCUCCUCGGCCCCGCAGCCGCCCCGAAGCCUGGAAAGGGGCGGCAGGUGAUGGUGAUGGACUGGAGAAUGAGAAUGACAAGCAGCCAAGGUUACUGACAUUGCAAAGAGCAAAUCAUGAAGUAGAGGAAGUUAUGUUUGGCGAUCAAGGGGAUCCACAAAUGCAAGAGAGAAGCCAUAGAGAAGAGAAGUUCUUCACUUGUCUUCCUGUUAAAAUCCCUGGCUUCCUUACCCAGCAGGAUCAGAAUGGGAAGAGAAAGAAAAUACGGCAAAAGAGAGAAAAUGAAUUUGAAUUACAUGAAUAUAGCAGAAACCAGACUACAGGAAAACGGUAUAGCUCCAGAUAGCAUAGAAAAUGCAUAAAUCAUUCCUUCUUUUUUACUUUACCUAAAAUACUACAUAGAAAAUACAAACCACGUGUGUUUGUAAAAUUUGGAAUGGAUUGUAAUCUAAGACAAAAGAUGAAACUGUGUAUGAAGUGUGAAAAAGUUUCAGUAGCAAAAGUAAUCUUAAUCGCCAUCAGAGAAUCCACAGAGGUGAGAGACCAUAUAACACUCUGGAGUGUGGGGAAAGAUUUCAUCAGAAACAGCUUGUUCAUAAUAAAAGGAUCCAUACUGGAGAGAGACCUUAUAAUUGCGUGGAAUGUGGAAAAAGCUUUCAUCAGAAAACAAAGCUUAUUUAUCAUAAAAAGAUCCAUACUGGAGAAAGACCUUAUAUGGAGUGUGGGAAAAGCUUUCGUUGGAACAUAGAACUUAUUCAUCAUAAGAAGAUCCACACAGGUGAGAAACCAAAUAAAUGCCUAGAGUGUGGAAAGGACACACUCUUACACAGAAAGGACAACUAGCUUGUCAUGAAAGGAUCCACACAUGGGAAAGACCUUAUAAAUGCCCCGAAUGUGGAAAGGGCUUCAAUAGAAAUGCUUAUCUGACUUGCCAUCUGAGGAUCCACAUGGGAGAAAACAUAUAGUUGUAGGGGGUGUGGAAAGAGAUUCACUGAGAACAGAGGACUUGCUUCUCAUCAAAGGAUUCACACAGGAAACAGACCAUAUAAGUGUUACGAGUGUGAAAAGACCUUUUUUGGUGACAAAGACCUUACUCGUCACCAAAGGAUCCACAAAGGGGAUAAACCUUAUAAAUGCCAGGAGUGUGGAAAGAGCUUUUUUGGCAAUAAAGAUAUUAUUCGUCAUCAAAGGAUCCAUACAGGAGAGAGACCUUAUUCAUGCAUAGAAUGUGGGAAGAGCUUUACUCAGAAAGGACAUCUUUAUUACGAAAGGAUCCACACAGGAGAGGGAACAUACAGAUGUAUGGAGUGUGGAGAGAAGUUUUAUUGACAACAGAGAUUUUACUCGCCACCAAAGGAUCCACUUUGGGAAGAGAUCAUAUAAAUGCCGGGAGUGUGAAAAGAUCUUUUUUGUCAACAAAGACCUUACUCGCCACCAAAGGAUCAACACUGGGGAGCGACUAUAAAUGCAUUGAAUGUGAAAAGACCUUUACUCAGAAGGGACAUCUUACUCGCCAUGAAAGGAUUCACAGAGGAGAGAGACGUGUUCUCAGCAAACCGGUUGUUAAAACUGAUAGGAUCCCACCACUGGUUAACACAGAAAAACUCUAUGUUGUAAAAUAUGAAGCAGCUAUACGUUGACAUCUUUGGCACCAGUGAAUUGAGAUGGCUGAGGUUGGACUCCUUUGCUCAGGCAAUUUCACCAUUUUAUUAGGAUAUGAUAUAUAAGAACUGAUUUUGUGUUUAUAGCCAAGAAGUUAUCUUACCUCCCACUGUACAUUUACCUUCUCAACCAGGAAGCCAUCAAGUGCUGCUACUUUCCAUCUUGGAAGGAUCACCAUCAAUUCGUUAGGCUCCUCUUUUAUCUGAGUGGCCUAAAAGUGAUCCAUAUUUUUAAUGAACAGCUGGAAAACAGGACUGAUUAGACAAGCAGUUCUACCCUUUGCUUGCCAAGUGCAGGUACUGUCUGAGAAGCUCCUCAGCCAGACUUUAAGAAAUUAAUUGUGGACUGUUUUCACCCCUCCAGGGGCUUAACAAAACUUUCUCUUUGCCCCCACGGGGCAAAAGUAUUCAUAGAGUGGAAGUAAGGAAGGGAAUAUCAGAUUAGCCUCAUAAUAGCAAUUUAUUUGUGCUGGCAAUUGUUCCUUACCAUUCCUGCUUCUGGAGGCAUUUCAAGGAAGAAAAGUCUUCAAUUUUGCAAGUCUUUGAACUUAUUAAUACAUUCUUAUUAACUGCAAUCCUUCUAGUUUCCUUUGUGUAUUUUUUGCGGUAUCUGAAACCCACCAUCAUGGUCAGCGGUACCCAUAUUUCAGCCCAGCUAGUGGACAAACAGCCCAGAGGGUCAAUUUCUUAGUGUUUUUUUAGGUUGUGCAGCCUCUUGAAACCCAAUCAACUCCUGAAAGACUCGAGCAGCCAGGAACAACCAAGCAGAAAAGCCUCCCCCCCCAAAAAAAGUCAAGAGGAUUGACAUGGAACAAGAAACAAAAAUGCAGUGUGGAAAGGACUAGUGUAAAUUACUCUGAUUCACCAUCUCAGAAUCCAUACAGGGAAGAAAUUAUAUAAAUGCCUGGAUUGCGGGAAGAACUUUACUUGGGACAACUUAAUUCUCAUAAAAGGAUCCACAUCAGGCAGCAACCAUAUAAAUAUGGUGUGAGAAGUGACUUACUUAGAAUAGCUUAUGAGUCAUGAAAGGAUUCACACAAGGGAGGAACCAUAUAAAUGUAGAGUGUGGAAACAGCUUUGCUAAGGACAACUUGAUUCUCAAAGAGGAUCCACACAGGUGUGACCAUACCUUUACUUUUUACCAAGGGAUCCAUACAGGAGAAACCAUAUAAAUCUAUGCAAUGAAUUUUAAUUUAAAAAAAGUUCUGCCGCCAGAAGUUGUGGGUGCUCCAACAUUGGAGGAUUUUAAGGAGAGAUUGGCAACCAUUUGUCUGAAAUGGGUUUGGCUGCCAGAAUUGGAGACUUGCAGUAUUCUCUGGCAGGAAAAGAACGAAGCUGAAAGAUACAGCAGACCCUAUUUUGCUCUGAUUUCUUUUACUCCAGUGAAGGUUUCAGUUAUUUUGUAGCUUUGCUUGCAACUACUAUAUUUUCUUGUCGAUUACAGUAUGUAAUUAAAAAUAACUAUUGCUUUGCACAAUA